AUGGGAUUAGAGUUGUACAACUCGUGCGCAACAUACCGUCGCCACUUCGACGAAGUAAACUCACAUUUCAUUGAUAUCGGCGGCAUCGACCUUUUGGAAUGGAUUAGGGAUGGCAAGGACAUUCCGUUUUAUCCGCAACUGAGCAUAUUUGCAGUGGAGUACGCACUUCUCAAUAUGUGGAAGGAGUGGGGUGUAACGCCCAACUUGUGUGUUGUUGGCCACUCAUCUGGAGAAGUGAUGGCCGCAAUGGCUGUAGGGGUCCUAAAUUUAGCUACGGCAGUCCGCUUACUCGUGUUUACGCGACAAACUCUGAUAAAUGAAGUUGAGCCAGGGCAAAUGGUCGCCCUAAUGACUGACGAAGCAAUGACACUACAAAUGAUCAAUCAGUAUGCUGAGAGAUGUUUCAUGGAAAAUAAAUCUGAGAGCUCUUGGAUUGAUAUUUCGGCGCUAAAUUCAUACAACCAGACUGUCGUGUCGGGUCCGGUAGAAACAAGUAAAAAAUUUUCAACCUUCGUCAUCACAUAUUAUAGCACCAAAACCUCUCUCCUUAAAUUCGUUGAUAACGCUUUCCACUCACGAUCGUUUGGGAAAGCUUCGAACACAUUUGAAACGAAUUUGGAGAAAUUAGAUUUUCCUGAGCGCAACCGUGGCGUUAAAUAUAUUUCAUCGAUGUACAGACGGGAAUUGGAUGAUUCAGAAAACUUGGACAUUUCAUACUGGUCAAAAUUAUUUACAAAACCUGUUAAAUUUGUUGGUUCAGCUGCCGCGGCUACAACUUCCGUGGGUGCCAAACUGUUUCUUGAAAUUAGCCCGCAUCCCACCCUCGCCCCUCUGAUGAAAGACAACUGCCCUCAGAAUGACCUCAUUUGCAUUCCGUCCCUAAUGAAAGAUGCUGAGAAUUGGAUCACCUUGUUAAACGCAAUUAGUACUUUGUACCUUCAUCGAGUCGAGCUGGACUGGUCACGAAUUUGGAUCAGUUUGUUUGGCGAAGACAUUUUACGAAACAAAGUGUCGCAUCUUCUACCUACAUAUCCAUUCCAAAAUGAAGGUCCCUUUUGGUUUAGCCCUCUAACCACUUUAAGCCAGGAUUCAGAAGUAGUGCACAGAAAUAAAAUCAUUCACCCGCUACUCGGGUCAAUGCCAGCCGUUCCCAAAUUUGACGAAAUAAAUCGAAUAACAAUCUUUGAAACAUCCCCCGGAUAUGUGGAAAUGGGAUUUGCGGUUGCAACUCUGCUUGGCAAAACAGAGAAGUUUAACAAUAUCAAGUUGUCCAAAGUAGAAAUCAAAACGGUUCUUUCCUUGGAUGUGAAGUCGGACAUUCAGACUAAUGUGGUUUACGAUGGCGAAGGGUUUAAUAUCUCCAUAUCAAGCCGCGGGGACCAUACAGAGGGUAUGUGGACGUUGCACGCUUCUUUAAAUGCCAAAGUCAUUACACCUGAUGUAUACACGAUCAAGCCAGAAAAACAUCUGGGCAACUUUACAGGGGAGUCAUUGCCAUCCCCUUACCCCGAGUUAUCAGACUUAGGAUAUAAAUUUUGUGCAGGAUUCAAGAGUCUCAGAGCAGGUGUAGUCACACCCAUAUUUGACACGGAUGGAUUUGGAAGCUUUAUGGUUCAUCCGAUCAUACUGGAUGCCCUACUACAGAUAACACUACUCGCACAACAAGAUUCACUAACAACCUUGAGGGUUCCAGUUGCAAUCUCAGAAUUCGAAUUAGUUUGUAGUGCUUCCGGUAAUAUUGGCAAGAAUACUUGUGCCAGGCAGAUCCGUGCUCAGGCCGGAAUUAAUUCGUCCACGUUGUUUAUUCAAGGAGCUGAUCUAAAGUGGCGAACCCUAGCAUCCAUGACCAAUUUGAGAACGAUCAGCACGACCACGAAGGCCGUUAGACGAACAAUUGAGGGAAGUAAUGAAAUGAGCGACCGUAAGGACCAUGACCAACUUUUACCUCUAUUUGUCGAAGAGUGGGUAAAAGAUGAUCAACUAGUUAAUUAUAGCCAAUCAAUAUGUGAACAGUUUUCUUCAUGUAAGACCAUCUCUCGACCAGCUGCAGAAAUUCAAGACUAUAAGCUAAUUUCGUCGUACAUCGGGAAAUGCGUUGCCGAAACUCUCAACUUAUUGGGAUUUUCCGAUUUCACGCAUAACCAGCUCAUAACACGAUGCGACAUUGCUCUUCAUCUCGGCCUAAGUCACCUUGCUCCAAAUUUUCUGGCAAGGCUGCUUAAAUAUGCGGGCCAGGCAGGCCUGUUGAAGGAAUACUCCCUAACAGAGUACAUCGUAUUGCCUUACUCCGAUUGUUUAACGCAUAAUUUAUUGGCAACUAACUAUGAUAAACAUUUACCAGAGGACUGGGCUUUCGUAGAAUUUUACACAUCUAAACUGACCAGCUUUCUCAGUGGAACCGAGUCAAUUCUACCCUACCUAUUCCCGCCAUCAUUACCCUCCUUGGAACCACCAAAUCAAAUUGUUUCUAAUGAAACAUCCGUAAACACUAAUUUUUCGGCUGAAAGGUUUUACAGCGCUACAAUAGCUUCCUACCUAACCGAAGACUUUAUUGUGGAUUUGGAAAAAGAUGCUCUGGUUCAAGUAUUCGAGAAUGAGACCUUCAACGUAAUUAUUGCCAAUAACGUCCUUCAUGCCACCACUGACAUAAACAGAGUGGUUGAAAAUCUUCGAUUGCUGCUUAGCCCUAAGGGCAAUAUUUUCAUCGCCGAACAGCUUCACCCCUCUGCAUUUGUUCAUAUCAUCUUCGGCCAUUGUAAGGGUUAUUGGCUUUUCAACGACGGCAUCCGGUCAGAUCACUGUUUAAUCGACGGAGACGCCUGGAAGUUAGUGCUUCAGUCUGUUGGUUAUGGGGAAGUAUCAAUUGUGGAAAAUAAAGAUUUUCAUUUUGGAAUAAUUAUCGCUACAAACAAAGAAGACGUCUCACCACCACCAUCUUUCAUUGUCAUUGCUUCCAGUGACCAGGAUCAGUUUGCGAACCAGCUUGUAGCUUCGAAUAAAGAAUAUGCGACAUUGUACAAUAUUAGUGAAGCAAACAUUGUAAUACAUCCCGAAAAUAAGAUUGUAUAUUGCUUCCCACAAGUACUCAAGGAUAAUAUUCCUGCUUUGAAUCAAGUUCGAAAGCAGUUAGAACACUUCCUCCGUUUUUCUCGGGCGUUGGUAUCGGUUGGCAGGGUUGAACUUAUCCUCGUAAGCCAUGGUCUCAUUCCUGUGGGGGAUACAGAAGCCCGUUAUCCUGUUGCUGGUGCAAUCCGUGGUUUUUCGAGAACUCUGGCAAAUGAAAUGCUAGAGUUGGACAUCACAUGGGUGGACCUUGAUGACGAUGAAUCUACAAUGCAACAGAUACAAGAAGUAGUUGCGGAAAUAAGAAAUAAAGGAACAUUACGAAAUCGGGACAGCGACCCAUUUGUAACAGUACUUUUUUAG